UGUCAAGCGUAACAUAGGAGGGAUUCAUUUUCCAUCUCUCCAUUUUUCAGUUUUUUCUCCAUCAUGAGCUGUUAUUGAAGGAAGAAAUCUUCCACCACCACUCACUGGCUGAGUUAAAAGACAGAGCUACGGAAAUUAGAUUCACAACAUUAUGUUAAUAAUCUCCAAGGACCCACGCCCCCUGUUGCCUAGUGACAAAGUUUCAGAGUCUACUGAAGAGCUAUAACUAUAACUGAGGUCACUGGAGCUGACAUCAGUAAUAGUUAAUAAAAAGCCACUAAUUUAUUUCAAUUAAACACCGAGCAGGAGAGAACUGCAGCCUUUCAUCAUUUGGGAAUUGAAUGAAAUUUUCCCCAACUCCCACACUGUACCCCUCCUGAGUCUCAAAGCAUCAUCUCUGGUUUUGAGAACUUGGAUGUGCUGUUGAAGAGCCUACUUGCUGACAUCCUCCAUAAGUUUCAUCACUUUUUCAUCUGUCAAUUCUAUCACGUACUUCAUUAUUCCACUUUAAAGAAGCAAAAUGGCCAAAGGGAAAGGCCCUAAGGGGAAAAAGAUCACCUUAAAGGUUGCCAAAAACUGUAUCAAGGUUACAUUUGAUGGGAGAAAGCGCCUUGACCUAAGCAAAAUGGGAAUCACAACAUUCCCCAAGUGUAUCCUCAAACUCAAUGAUGUUGAUGAGUUAGAUAUGAGCAGAAAUAUGAUCAAGAAGAUACCAGACAGCAUCAACAAGUUCCAGAAUCUGCGCUGGUUAGAUCUGCACAGCAACUUCAUUGAGAAGCUUCCUGAUACCAUAGGUGAGCUAGCCUCCUUACACUAUCUCAAUCUCUGCAAUAACAAACUAACCACCAAUACCCUUCCUGUGGAACUCAAAGAACUGAAGAACCUACGUGUCCUAAACUUAGGUUUGAACCACAUCGAUAAUAUCCCUACCACUCUUGGACAGUUGAAGGAGCUUCAUGAGAUGGGUGCAUUUGACAAUCUCCUGACCACCAUACCUACGAGUAUUGCCAAACUUCCCAAACUAAAGAAGCUAAAUGUGAAACGCAAUCCCUUUCCCCAGGAAGAUGACAGUGCAGAAUUUAUUGAUUCCAUCAAGCGGUUAGAAAGUUUGUACUUGGUAGAAGCAAAAGAUCUCUGUGGACCCUGCCUGAAGAAAUGCCAAGAUGCCCGGGACAAGCUGAAUAAAAUAAAGUCCAUGGCACCAGCACAAGCAAGGAAGCCAAACUUCAUAAACCUAAUUAAUCCCAACUCAACAGCCAAGGAGUCACAAGAGGAAUGGAGGAUGUCGCAAUCAUUGCUGGAAUUACCAAGCUAGAUUAUGGCAAAAAUUUGAAGACUAAUCAGCUAACAUGAAUGGAGUUUGAAGAAGAAAAGCAGUCAAUUAGAAGACUACCUAAUAUGACAAGGGGAGAAUUCUGGGAGAAAAGAGGUAUCAGUUCUUUGUAUAGCCACUGAGUUGUUUCAUGGACUCAGGGAGUUCAAUUUAUCUCCCCAUUCCUUAGGUCCUGUACAGGCGGAAAACAUUGAAAAUUGCAUUUUUCAGUGUCCUUCUUUGAGCACAGAAAGGAUGCUGAAGACACAAUAAAGAAAUUCUACCUAGAAAUGAUAGAAUAAGAAAAGAAAAUCCAGUCAUGACUAUGUAUGGAUUCAAAUUAUCCAUUCUUGAAUGAUCUGAGGUUUGGGGAUAGGAAAGAGAUAGAAUGAUGAAUUCUAGAGCAGCAUAAUGAAUAAAAAGGAAAUUUAAUAUUCAGAAAAUUAAAUAGUUUUAUAAUUCAUUUUCUUAGAUUUUUCAGAGAAUAAACCAUAAUUUUGUCCACAAAGCACAUAGAGAUUUGUGGGAAAAUAUUAAAUAAAUAUGACAUUAUUCAGCAAUGAAUGUGUGUGCUCAUAUGUGCAUGUAUGCAUACAUGUGUGUGUCCCUGGACAAGGAAUGUGUUUAAGUCUAUGAAGGUGGGGGAGACAUUUAUUUAAUAAGUACUUCAUAUAUAUAUUUACAAAUUGAUCUAUAUAUCUCAUCUUCUAACUCUAUCUCUUUCCUAUCCAUAUGUCUUGAUAGUCCUUUAACCCAUUGUGGCCUGUGUGUUUUUAAAGACUAUUUUUUUCAAUAAAAAUUAAUGUUCUUUCUCAUUUUACCUUCCUCCCUGGAGGCAGGGGUGGGAGGAAUCGUCUGUAAAAAGGUGUAGUCAAGUAAAACCAAUUCCUAUAUUGCUAUGUCAUAAAUAGAGCUAAUCUAUAUGUGAGUUGGUAUUUUAUAUGUGGCGUGAAUGUUUAGGCACAUAUACAAUAAACAUUUAGAAAGCAGAUCUUUACCUAUUCAGAUACAUAUUUACAUAUUAGAAACAUAUAGGCACGAUACAUGUUUAUGUUGCUAUAGCUAUACAAGUAGGCAUAUCUCUACAUGUAUGUAUGUUUAUAAAAUUCACAUGUGUGUGCAUGUAUGCGUAUGUUUAUGACAGUGUGCAUGUGUAUCAGUCUGCACCCUGAGUCUAUCAUCUCUCUGCCAAUGAGUAGCUAGCAUUUUUUUUAAUAUUGAUCCUCCAGCAAUGUGGUGGGUCAUUGUGUCAAGGCUAUUUGCCUUUACAAUGUCUUUAUUAUUGAAUUUUUUGCCAAGUUCUGCUCACUUCAUCCUGCAUCAGUUGAUCCAUGUUUUUCUGAAAAUUUUUCUUUUCAUCAUUCCCUACGGCACAAGAGCAUUCCAUUAUAAUUUGUUCAAUCAUACCCUAAUUAAAGGGUAUAUCCUUAGUUCUUCCAGCUCUUUGCCUCCACAAAAAAGAGCUUCAACAAAUAGUUUUCAAUAAAGGUUCUUUUCUUUUUCUUUUUCUUUUUCUUUUCUUUUUUAGUAUCUUUGGAGGUACAAGUAUGGCCCAAAUUUUAAACACUAUCCAGAAACUUUGACCCUUGGUAAAAUGCUUUUUUUUAAACUAAAACACUUUCUGAUGGAGCAGGGAGUUAAAUAAAAGAGUGAAUGAAAUCACGAUUUAUGCAUAAUGGUAUUGGGGUCAAAAGGGAGAACAGAAAUGGCUAAAGAGUUGAGGCCAGAGUGGGGCUUGUUAGAUGUAAAACUUAUGGAACCAGAGGGUCCUGGGAGUAAACAUAGGUCCAAGGACAAGAGCUGAAUCUAGAACAGGGAAGCAUCUGUGACUACACAUGAAACACUAACUAGAAAGUCAAAAACCUCAAUGUUAUUCUUUCUGUUUCUGAUCUCCAGUAUUGUGAAUUCUACAUUCAUUAUCAUUGGACCUACUGAGUUAUCAAUCAAGUAAAAUCCAUAAUUUCAAGGUCUUCACUGUACAUAUUUGAUGUUUACAGUCACUUAUUUUAUUUUAUUUUUGUUUUUAUUCUGAUCAUAACACACCAAACAAAAUGGUUAUUUCCAUAGGCAUUACAGGACAGAGAAAGAGGAUUAUAUAUGAAACUGCAAGUUUCCAUUCUUUUAAGUGCAUAAUAAAUUCAAUCUGUAAUUUUCAAA